AUGAUAGAUGAUAAAAUACAGGAAAUAACUAGAGUUGUAUUCAGAGUAGUUGGUAGAUCUGUACUUAGUGGUGCUUUAGGAGGUAAUGCGGGAGGAGGAUUAGGUGGUGGUGGAGGAGGAAAUUCUGAAAAUUCAACAAGGAGGAUAUCAAUUGUUUUACCUACUACGACGAUUGGAAUGCAACAAGACGAUAGUAGUAGUUUUACAACAACAACCGUUACUGAUCAACAAGAAGAAGAAAGUACGACAACAUUUGUUGAGGAUAGCAAUGACAAUCUUAUAUCGACAACGUCGGAGGAUGACAAUGGAAAUUCAAUCGGAAGCAAAAAAAGGAGUGUCGAUGAUGAUGAUGAUGAUAGGAAAAAAAAAAAAGAAGUCAGCGACAAAGCUGAUUCUUCUCAAGAAGAAUUUAACGACGAUGUUGAAAUAACAGAUAAUGAUGAAAAUUCUAGAAGUAAAAGAUUAGGAGUUUUUGGAAAUCUAUGGGGUGGAAGUUCUGGAGGUGAUGGAACCUCUGACGGUGGUUCUGGAAAUUUUUUAUUCGAUAUAAUUAGGAAAUCAUUUGAUGGAGCUGGAAGAGCAAUUGGAACCAUUUACCGUACGAUAACAGGAACUGAUAACGUCAAUCGACAAAGUUAUACGAAUGAUGUGUCGUCAUCGUUUGAAUCUUUUGACGUCAUGUCACAAUCGUUCAAUACGUCAUCAGGCUUUGAUAACACGACGUUGGUUGCAGGAAGUGGAGCAUCGGAACAACACGACGAAGCAGCACAUUCUGGAGUUACCGAACACGUUCAUGGUCACGCUUUAGAUGACGGAUAUCAAACUGGAAUUCCAGGACCGAUAACGAGGCUUUUUGUCAUCGCCAACCGUGGUGUAGCGAAUCUCAUGCAAGAUUUAAUAUUGCGUUUGGCACAAACAAGCGAAAGAUUAGUUAAUUUCAAAGCUCGACUCAUCACGGCCAUCAUUUAA